AUGCUGCGCGUCGCCCCAAAGGUCCAUCUCCCGACCCAGACUUCAAGCAGCGGCCUUCACCUGGCACCACCGAGUCCCAGUGAUAUCGGCGUGCCGUCUGCGACUUUCCAUGGAUACAAGAAGGAAUCUCGACCGACAACACCCACAAAAGGGGAGACGUACAACGAUAAAUACGUCGUGUUGUAUGACUUUGGGAGAAUAGUCAAGGACUGGCUGUAUGCCAUUACCCAGUCCCACCCCGGCGGCGACAAACACACGGUCGUAAAGGCCUGGUUCGAAGCUGAAGAUGUCCUCGCCCUGCACCAUCUCAUUCUCUGGCCCAAAGAUUUGGGCGGUGCCGGCAUCACGCCACAAGUCGGCGAGUGGGAAAACGUCAAGGCCAUCUUCCCACUGCACAACGAGCCCGCGAACCAGUCUAUACUCCGCCACCUGAGUAGGACCAUCGUGUUGACGGCCGAGGACUUUGACAAGAUUCGAAAUUUACACGGGUCCAAGAUUGCCUUUUACUUUGCAUUUAUCCAGACCUACCUCACCUUUCUGACGUUUCCCGCCAUCACUGGUGUUUUCACAUGGCUGUUUCUCCCCAAGUACUCUCUCGCGUAUGCCAUCUUGACUGGCGUUUGGUGCACCGUCUUCCUCGAGUACUGGAAAAUCCAGGAGAUUGACCUCAGCAUGCGCUGGAUGGUACGAGGCGUCAACAAGGUCAAGAUUAACCGGCCGGCGUUCAAGUAUGACAAGAUUAUUGUGGAUGAGAACGGUCGGACCAAGCAUUACUUUCCCAAGUGGAAGCAGAUUGCCCGUCAGCUGCUUCAGAUUCCCUUUAUCAUUCUGGCCGCCAUUGCCCUUGGACUCAUGAUCUGUUCCGUCUUUGUAGUAGAAGUUUUGAUAUGCGAGACUUACGAGGGCCCUCAUCAGUUUUACUUGGAGUACGUCCCUACGAUAUUGCUGGCAGUGGCCAUUCCGCGAAUAUCAUCGUCGCUCGAGGGCAUUGCGACUGCAUUGACCGAGUACGAAAACCACAGGACUGCAGAUGAACACGAAAUGUCGUUGACGCAGAAGCUCUUCGUCCUCAGCAUCAUUACGAACUACCUCCCCAUUCUGCUCACGGCAUUCGUCUACGUCCCAUUUGGCGACGUCAUAAUUCCUCGUGUGAAGCAACUCAUUGUAAACUUUUUCCCAAAAUUCGCCGCCAAGCUGGUGUUUCGUCCCUUUGCCUCCGACACGGACCGGCUCCGCAACGAAGUCAUUGCCUUGACCGUGACGGGACAACUGUCUGAUUUCUUCGAGGAGAAUAUCCUGCCCCUCAUCAAGUACAAGUUUAGCGACUGGUAUCGCGAGUACCGUCGAGCCUACACCAAGGACACCAUGCUCCUGACGCUGGUCUCUGACGAUGCCGGCGAAGCCGAUUAUCUGAAGCGCGUCCGGAACCAAGCGACACGCUCCCAGUACAAUGUGCAAGACGACAUUGCGGAGCUUGUCCUUCAGUUUGGCUACCUGGCCUUGUUCUCGCCCGUCUGGCCGCUGAUAUCCAUGGGGUUCCUCAUAAACAACUGGAUCGAGCUUCGGUCCGACUUUGCCAAGAUCUGCAUCGAACACCGACGACCUGCCCCGACGCGGGCCGACGGAAUCGGUCCCUGGGUGACGGCGCUGGAAACGUUGACCCUGCUGGGAAGCAUAUCCACCGCGGCCAUUGUUCAUCUUUUCGGAACCGACACCAUUGGCGCGGGGGGCUGGACGACGCUGCCCAUCACGAUAUUCGUCAGCGAGCACCUGCUGCUCAUGCUGCGAGCGUUGACGCGAUGGAUCUUUGAGCGCUACGGGUCCGAGCAGAUUCGCAAGGAGCGCCACGAGAGAUAUGCUCGCCGCCUGCACUAUCUCGAAGAGAUUGAGGCAAACAAACGAGCAGGCGUCAACCUCAGCCCUGCUGAGAGAGAACGCCGAAAGUCGGUGCUCGUCGCCAGCUCUGGCAGCUUUUGGACCAGGCAGGUCGACGAGGGGAGCAGUGCCGCAGCAGGGCUGAGGCUGAUUAAUCUCGCGCGACAAUGGAAGAAGAGCCAGAGCAGUGAGACAAAGGUGGAUUAG